GUCUACAGCCCUCGUAAAUUUUCACCUCGGACAAUAGGUUAUGAGCCCCGGAGCUACACACUAACCUGUCCACUCAUUGAGGCUUCCACUGUGCUCACACUCCUUUAAUUCUUCUCUCUUCGACCGGCACCCACACCAGCACCUCCUGCACCACAGUCUACACCUUCUCACUCCACGCCCUCUCACGCCAUGUCCAAUUCCAUCAAACUCUCUCUCGGCUCAAACCGCCUCUACGACAUACCAUUUCUCGAGGAUGAUGGAGCAAACUACCAGCAAUGGAAGUUCCGUCUCGAGACGGUGCUACGCAUCAGGAAACUCUGGAACAUCACCCAGGGUAAGGAAGCUCGACCCGCAGAUUCCGAAUCUGACAAGCAGGCCGAAUGGGAUGACAAGGAUCAAGACGCAAAGGCGCAGAUCACGCUCACGCUCAAAGACACGCCUCUGAGCGGCAUCAUGUACGAGAAGACGGCGAAGUCUGUA